AAAUAAUUACGGCCAUCUGGUGUUGAGAUUUAGUCGGCACGUGAAGCGAGAAGCAUUUGCUACUUGCUAACCAGGAUUGAACUUUUUUUUUUUAAGAGAAAGGACAAUUAAUUUAAGAUGCCUUCUGCCUUCAAACUAGAAAAACAAACUUCUACAGAUGCUCCGGAUACCGUUAAGCAGAUAUUAACGGUUGUAGAAAAGAAAGUUAGGAAUUUAGAAAAGAGAAAGGGUAAAUUGGAUACUUAUAAAAGUGACCAUAAAAAUGGAAAAGAACUAAAUGAAGAUCAAAAGAAUGCCAUUAAAAAAUAUGAUCUUGUUGUGGAGCUGUUGGAGUUUGCAAAAGAACUACAGAAGUCUUUUAAUGGUGUUGUUCAUGAGUGUGUCAAGCUUCAGAAGAAAGCUGCUAAAAGAGAACAAGCAGAAAGACAGCAACAAGAGAUACAGAGAAUCAAGGAGUUGUUACUACUACAAGAUAUUCUUGUGAACAUGGGAACUGCUGAAAUAAGGAAUGAUUUCCUUCUUGGGACUAAUGGGGCUUUGUUAUUGGAGGAAGAUAAACUUAGUCAGUUGGAUGAAUUUUAUAAAUUGAUAUCUCCAGAUAGAAAUUCUGAAGAAGAAGAAACAUCUUUUGAAGAACAGCUGUUAGCAGCUGCAGAACAUUUGACAUCUCUUUUGGAUGGAAAGAACAAAGAAGUUUUAAAUACUACAUAUAAAAAUCUGAAAGAAUUGCUGAUUAAGAUAAAUGAAUGUGGAUAUUUCAGCCCCAUUAGUAAAAGUGGUACAGCAAAUUCCACUGAAGAAAAUAAAGAAACUGAACAAGAAUUCAAUGACAAUCCACAGGAAAAUUCUGAAUUGGUUAUGCCUGGAGUCUCAAUGGAAGUAAGUGAAGAACACACAGAUGCCAUUGGUUUAUCUUCAUCAACCUCUCAUCUAGACUCUCCGUAUUACACUUCAGUGCAAUACACCGGACAGAACCAACCUUUACAAGAAGUACUUCCGGUACAAGGAAAUUUUAACUUUCUUCAAGAGUCUCAAAUUGAUCUGCAAUCACUUCAUAUGGACCCAGCAGUAGUAGUAGCACACCCCAUGAUUCCCUCUACCACUAUGGGUUAUCCCACCCAAUAUCAUGGUUCUAAUCUUCCUUCUCAAAACAUUCAGGCGUCUCAACCGGAUGGAGGCAUAGUUAGACCUUCUGUGGCGACUUCUGCAGUGUCGUCCCAGGUGCAGGUUGCAGGUACCAACACUGUAAACGCAUCGCAACUUCAACAGAAUCCCAUGAAUCCUCCCCAGGAUUUUGACCCUUCUUGUCCCAUACCAACGCAAACAUUUACAAACCAGAAUUUUUCGGCAGUUCAUCCCAUAGUGCCCGUCUCUGUGCCGGGAAAUUAUGUACCUGCGGCCAUGACCCAUCCCUCUCUGCAACAGAUGGUUCCAGUGGGAAUGGUGCCGCAGCACGUUUCAAGGACGCCGUCCCCUCCGACCUCCGCAACCGACUCUCAUCCCAUGACCAUGGCUCCACAAGAUUCCAUUUUGACAACACCGAAUGUAAAUCUCGGCACUUCAUCUGACAACAAAGAAUUUGAUUCUGAAUAUCAGUUACAACAGGGUUCCAUAGACAAUGGCAGUGGAGCUAGUCAUUUUGGAUCAUCAGAUUAUCAACAGUUAGAAGAUUCACAAAGUUUUUCAAACAGUCAAACGCAGAACUUUGCACAGAAUCGUGGUUAUAAUGCAGGAAGAGGUAACCGAGGUAAUAGAGGUAGAGGUUCUACAAAUGGCUAUGCCAGAGGCUCUAACAGCAGCACCACAGCCUCUACAGGUAGAAGCAAUUAUGGAAAUGGAAGAAGUGGUUAUCAGAGUUCCGGAAAUUAUUACCAAGGAUCUUAUGGAGGACGCGAUAAUUUCAACAACAACACUAAUUACAGUAAUGCUUUUAAACAGAGGGGUUCUGCUCGUGGUAGUGGUGGCAUUCCCCGUGGAACAAAUCCGGGAACAAGAGGAGGAAACAAUGGAAGAGGCUACCGUUCUCAAUAGUGGACGUCUGGUGGGAGAAUCCGUACGCAUCUGCCAUACGACGGUAAAUUUUUUGGCAGCGGCAGCAAAGUCGGAAUUGAACUGAGCAAAUUAAAAAUUUGACAAAAUAUCAGUUUCUCUAAACUGCUACUGAAACAGUUUCCUUCAUAAGUGAAAUGAGAGAUUAGUGAACAACAGUUUGGUAAGAAACCAGGACCACCAAAAAUCAUGUGAAUAAAACAAAUUAGUAGCCAGUGUUUCGUGAAAAGUCCCGAAGGUGUACAGUCCGAAACUAUUUCUGCCAAUUAUUGAAAAAAAAAUCUAUGUUACACUUGGGCAUUGGUUUCUCUCGGCGAUUUCUCGCAAAUCUACCAAAGUAUUGUGAGAAGAAGACUUGUGUUGUUGAUACAAACUCGUAUUACGUGAGACACAACCAGGCUUCUCUCUUCUUUGUUCCCAGUUUGUCUUUCAAAUGUUCAGCACUAAAUAAAAUAAUAAAAAAAAA